GCCAUCGUGACUCGUGAGGUAGAGCAGGGAGUUGGGAAUGGGAAGAUACCACUACAACCACAUUAUCCGAAACUUAUCAGUAAAUCAAUCAGAUAUCCUGACGUGUCUCUCGUCUUUGGGUUGCCCGGCCCAGUCGCUUCGACGACUCCAAACAACACCAAUGAAAAAAAGAAGAAAUUUUGGAGAUGUCACCACAAGCAGAGUCCCACCACAGGCCUCUUACAGCUACCGUCGACCUUUGUUCACCACAUACUUCUGUAGUUUUCCCUUUUCCUUCCAAUCCAACCAAAAUCCAUUUCGAAGGCCAAAAAACGAUCAAGAAGAAGAAGAAGAAUAAGGAACAAUGAUUGUGACGAUGAGGAGCCAAAGAUGAAGAAGACUACGGGGAAGAGCUUGUUAUGCCUCUCUCAUGGCAUGUCAUUCUGCCUUCUUUGCUCCUUCUCCAUCCUCUUCUUCGUUCCCCACCAAUCACAGUCCUAGUCCCUUUAGGAUUCGUAAAUUGAGCUUCUUUCCUCUCGCUUUCUCCUCCAUUAACGCCAGAACCACCAGAUCUUCUCACAACGGUCUCGUCUCAGAGGCAGUCAGGCUUCUGGGUCCUCCGGCUAGAUUCGAUGCUUCAAAGCUCAAAGUAGUGUUGGUAGGAAGGGACAAUGACUACUCAAGAAUCAUCCCUAGAACUUACAUUCUGUCUCACUGUGACUUCACUGCAAACUUAACCUUGACCAUUUCCAGUGUCAUCAACUUGGACCAGCUAAGUGGCUGGUAUAGCAAGGACGACGUGGUUGCUGAAUGGAAGAAAUUGGAAGGGCAGUUGUGUCUGCACAUUCACUGUUAUGUCAGUGGUCCGAAUCUCACUUUCGACCUUGCUGCCGAGCUUAGAUAUCACAUUUUCGCCAAAGAAAUGCCUCUGGUACUUCAAGCUUUGUUAUAUGGCGAUGCAGAGCUCUUUCAGGCAAAUCCGGAGCUAAAUGAUGCUUUAGUUUGGGUGUAUUUCCAUUCUAGCUUGCCGAAAUACAAUCGAAUGGAAUGUUGGGGACCCCUCAAGGAUGCUGCUCAGGGAAGACAGGGAGUUGAGUACAGAGGCCUAUUAGCCGAAAACAAAGACAGUCCAAGGAAACGCCCACGGGCAAGGUCCAUUUUCCAGGCAUUGUUUGCAUUCUUACUCUGAGCAGGCGCUGCUUCACCAAAGCUCGAAUUGCAUAUGUAUAUCACACUAGAGAACUGAUCAAUCGACGACUGUUAUCCCUUUGUAUUAGAGUGCAACAAGCCUCGCAGAGGAACAACAAUCUGAUCAUUCUUUUGUAAACCGAGUUCAUUUACUGGGAAGCUUGAGAUGUUGAAAAGAAUGGAGAAGCACUUUUGAGAGAAUUUGUACAUUUUGUUUAUCAAAUGGUUAACGUCUCGCUGUUGCUUUUUGGUGAUUACAAGACGACUUCCCAGAUCAAACUCUCAAAGAGUCUUUUCUUGUACAUGCAUGGGUUAUUUUCACUGAUGAUGAUCAGUUGCCCCUGGCAUAUGCUUUUGAUGUUGUGUUCUAAGCUGAAUGAUGCCAUCUUUCCACUGAUUCACCAAACAAGGAAGGUGGUUUCAGUUUCACUCAAUGCUCAAAUUCCUCAGCAGUUUGAGAACAUACUUGUCGGCUACAUAGGCAGUUGGGAUCUUGCUUUCUUUCACUCAUCAAUUGAAAUAACUAUAUUACAGAAUCUGAGAUGCUAUAAAUAAGACUAUCGCAUGCUUCCACAUUUGAUGAUUUUACCAACCAGUGAGGGAGCAUGGCUAGUGGAGAAAUCAUGGAUCCGUGGCAUAAUCUGCUGGCAGCCACGACGUUUGCAAGCAAUAUUAAUGGUGACUGGAGGCAGACUAGCGUGGUAAUCAUUCCACCUCCACGAGGCAUCAAAUGCAAGAUGUUGUACGUCGUUUAUCCGAGCUCGAAAACAGUACACCCAAAAUGCUGCUACUGGCCUACUACUGACUAGCUAGCCUUUGUUGCAGCCGGUAAACUGC